UGCUGAGUGUGGCGAGGCCCCGCCUUUCCGGGCCGGGCUUUGGCCGCCGGGCCGCCCCUCCCGGGCGGGCGCGCCUUCCCUGACCGCGCUGGAGGGCCUGGCGGCGGCCCGUGACACCCAUGGCGCUGCCCGCCUGGCUGCAGCCCAGGUAUAGAAAGAACACCUAUCUUUUCAUCUACUACCUAAUCCAGUUCUGUGGCCACUCAUGGAUAUUUACCAAUAUGACAGUCCGAUUCUUUUCAUUUGGAGAAGAUUCCAUGGUUGACACUUUUUAUGCUAUCGGUCUUGUGAUGCGCGUUUGCCAAUCCAUUUCCCUCUUGGAGUUGCUGCACAUAUGUGUCGGCAUUGAACUAAACCAUCUCCUUCCUAGGUUUCUGCAGCUCACAGAGAGAAUAAUCAUCCUCUUUGUGGUGAUCACCAGUCAAGAGGAAGUCCAAGAGAAAUACGUGGUGUGUGUUUUAUUCAUCUUUUGGAAUCUAUUGGAUAUGGUUAGGUACACUUACAGCAUGUUGUCAGUCAUAGGAAUAUCCUAUGCUGUCUUGACCUGGCUCAGUCAAACGCUGUGGAUGCCGAUUUAUCCUUUGUGUGUUCUCGCUGAAGCAUUUGCCAUCUAUCAGUCGCUGCCUUAUUUCGAAUCAUCUGGCACAUACUCCACGAAGCUGCCUUUCGACUUAGCCAUCUAUUUCCCAUACGUGCUGAAAAUGUAUCUCAUGAUGCUCUUUAUAGGUAUGUAUUUUACCUACAGUCACCUUUACUCAGAAAGAAGAGACGUCCUCCAAGGCUUUCCCGUUAAAAAGAAGAAAGUGUGAAGCACGGCGCUCUGAUGUGACAAGAGAAAACCCAGGCUUGUGGAUUCGCUGCAGUAAACGGCACCGUGGCGGAAAAACACGUGGUACUUGACAAAAAAACCCACGAUGGGAUUGCUCUCCUCAAACUUGAGACGUAUCACGGCAGUCUCUUAUCCUCGCAUGUUUUCAAAACACGUAUUCUGUGCAAGCUACUUCACCAAAGCUGUGGGUUUUAUACAAGUUAAAUUUACAUCGUGGGAAGCCUGGUUAUUUUCCUGUAAGGUUAACGAGACAUAGGAGAGGGACUGGGAUAGACUUAGUUGAAUUGAGAAACCAAAGGUGUUAGCGGGAAUUGUAUCUGUUAACAUCUCUCUACAUUUUUCACUUCGGAGUUCCCAAAUAGCAAGUCUGCAGGAGGGCAUCGAUGUGAAAUAUGUUUUGCAGUUGUCCAGGAAAAAACUGUACAGACAGAUGCCCCGCCAUCGCCACGGUUCACACCAUUUUACACAUUAGACACGCUUAGGAAAUGACACGUGUUCCAAACCCUGGAAGAAUAUUCACUAAUAUUACACAAGGUACUUGGACUUUGAUCCUUAAAAGAGGACCCUGAUGAAACAGAAUAGAUCUUAGAUAAAUAUACAAAUAAUGCCCCAUAUUUCUUUCCUGAAAAAAAUAAUGAGGCCAUAUCCAUACCUUGUAGGGACAUAAAAGGUACAAAACUAUAAUAAUUUUGAAGGAAACAAGGCAACUAAGAACUAGUGAUGUUUCAGAUUACUGAAUUAUUAUUGCUAAUUACUAUGUCAUCACUUAGAGUUUUGAAAACUUUUCUUUUGAAGAUCUAAAAUAUUUGUGAAUAAUUGACUAAUAGCAUCAUCUCUGUAACACUGGUAUAUCAUUCACUUUUCUUGAAAGAAUUCUAGAAUCUUCUGAUCCAGUAGCCAUAGAAAAAGGGAAUAAACAUUUUGUGACAUAAAAACCAGGUAGUAAAAACAUAGUUACAAAAAAAUUGGUCAUCUCAUUUCCACUAAAUAAAACAUUUAAAAAGUUGAGUGUUAAUAAAGAUAAUUGCCAUCUUUACAAAUUUAGUAUCCUAUUUGGAAUCUCAAAAUAAGUAUAAAAACGAUCCUUUUAAAAAUCUAGAUUUUGUUUCUAAUGUUGCUUAUUUUAAAAAAUUUACUGAAAGCUCUAGCGCAGGAAGAGAACAGAAUCCCUCUGCAAACUUUGGGUGAUUCAGUGUAGCUUCCUCUCAAUUAAGAUCACUGAAAUACUAUUUACAUCUAGAAUCACUGAAGAGCAGAGUUGUAACAAUUACAGAAACUACAUUUUGUUAUUAAAUACUACUUUAAUUUCUAAACCAAAUGACCUUAAGAACCUGCAUACUUCUUAAAAUAGAAGACUGACAAAGAAACACAAGGAAAUUUAGAAUUAUGGAUUGACAAUUUCAGGUCUGCAACAGUUGAAACCAAAAUCCAUGACUCCUUUGGUGACCCAGUCACAGUUGUUCUUGUGGUUGGUUGCCUGUAUCCAUAAUUGAGAGAAAUACUAAAUUUCGUUAGAGAUUAGUAAAAAUAA